GUCUAGAAUCUCACCACAUCUCCAGGAUGUUUCCUCUACAGUUCCUCAGCCUGUUUUACAUUGCUAUGGCCACAGACUUUGAAGACAAGAAGAAGAAGCAGCAAGUGGUCCAAUAUGACAUCUCCAUGUACAACAGAGGAGAUCUGCUAGAGGUCCCUCGAACUCUUUUUACACAUUUCGGAAUUUAUCUGGGGAACAACCGUGUGGCUCACCUCAUUCCUGAUAUCAUGCCAGUCUUGACCACUGACAAGAAUGCCCUUGAGAAAAUGGUGACUAACAACAGGCUGAUUUUGGGUGUGAUAGCAAAAAGAGCAAGUGUCCGCGUGGACUCAUUGGAGGACUUUGCGUAUGGAGCAGAAAUUCUGGUCAACCACAUGGACAAGGUGUGCAGUCGGUCUCCGUUCGAGGGUGAGGAGGUCGCUAAGAGAGCCGAAAAGCUCUUGGGCUCCGUGGUUUACAGUCUGCUGUGGUACAAUUGCGAGCAUUACGUCAUGUACUGCAGAUAUGGCACCAGCAUGAGCUUUCAGACCUACCAGUUCUGCAAAGCUGUGCGCAAGAUCGCGUGCAGCAAGACAAGCUCUCUUCUAAGCUUUCUGUUGUGCUUGUUCAUCAUGUUUUAUAUGGAGUCUGUGUCCAUCUUUGGAAUUUUACCAAUGCUUAUCAUCCCCUUCAUUAUUUGGAUGGCAUCCUGAAGUGGACAUUUCAUU